AGGAGGAGGACUGCGUAAACUCCGCCUCUGCUCUCCGAUCCUUUCGCAUUCCUUAUUCACAGCCUUUCACGUUGAGCAUAGGGAGAGAAAAGGGAGAAACGAGAGGGACUUGCAGAGACGAAGGUGGAGAAAAGGAACAAGAAGAAGCAGUAGAAGAAGGGGAGCAGCGAAACGACCAUGGCAAUAUCCAAAACAUCUCAGCCUGAGAUAGUGUCGGACCACAGCGCACCUCCACCCCCGUCGACCAAGGCUCGGAGCUUGCAGUCGCACAAUAGACAGAGUCCAGAUGAAUGAGGGUCUACACCUGGGCCGUGGACAAAAUGAGGGUCAUCUUCAUCCAAAACGCCGGUUUCGUCGCAGCUUUCUCUCCUCGUAGAUGUGAGCCGGUGAUGUUAGCAGCGUUUAAGGUGAAGGAGUCACAAUUAACCACAGACAGAUCAUGCCAGUCAGUUGAUGAGUGAGAUCAGACCAGUUUAUAAAGGCAUUAUUCAUAUUUUUUACUGUUAUCGAAAUAGAUAUCGCACAUAUAUGUAACAUUAUUUUUUAAACCGAAAGCGCGUUCAGCUUCCGGCAUGCGCGUGCUGCCGAAAUCUGAAAGAUGCCAUAUUUUAUGACAAUGUUGCCAUUAUAAUUAAUUUGUAUCCAUUAAUAGUAGACUAUGUAUCCGGUUAUUAGAGGCCGAUAAUGUCCUGUGAUGUAGGCUUGUCGUGCUUUAACCCGUUAGUAGACUGAUAUUAUCAUGAAGACGUAGGAGGAGAAAGCUCGCUUCGAUCGCUUUGAUCAAAGUCUAUUGAUCAGCCAAGACAAUCUGGAAAUGUUCGUUUCCACGUGUAAUGUAAUAUGACUAGCAAGCCACGCGUUAUUCCUUUAUAAUUUAUUUAUUUAUUAUUAGGCCUAUAAGUAUUAUAUCAUCCGUUUUUAAUAGUUACUUUGUGAUAUUUAACGGGGAGUGGGGGGAACGCUUGUUAAAACGCGUCCCUUUGUAUAGUGACAUGGAAACUGCAUAUUUAUCGCUCCACGGUCGGGGCGCAAUUACGCGUCCCGAGGCCCAGAAGGGUCAAACCCCGGCAAGAGGUGACCUCUCCCGUUCACCUCCACUUCUACCUGUCGACAUCUCACCUGAGGAGGUGUCGGCCGGUAGCGACGGACGACGCAACUCGGGCGUGAAGAAGCACCAUCACAAGCACAACCUGAAACACCGCUACGAGCUGCUGGAGACGCUGGGACGAGGCACCUACGGAAAGGUCAAGAAGGCCAUCGAGAGGCACUCAGGCAGAGAGGUGGCUAUCAAGUCCAUCCGGAAGGAAAAGAUCAAGGAUGAGCAGGACAUGGUUCAUAUUCGCCGAGAGAUUGAGAUCAUGUCAUCCCUCCGUCACCCGCACAUCAUCUCUAUAUAUGAGGUGUUUGAGAACAAGGACAAGAUUGUGAUCGUUAUGGAGUAUGCCAGCAAGGGCGAGCUGUAUGACUACAUCAGUGAGCGCAGGCGCCUAAGUGAGCGAGAGACGCGACAUUUCUUCAGGCAGAUAGUCUCCGCCGUACACCACUGCCACAAGAAUGGAGUGGUGCACAGGGAUCUUAAACUGGAAAAUGUGCUACUGGAUGAAAACUGUAAUAUUAAGAUUGCUGACUUUGGGCUGUCAAACCUCUACCAUAAGGACAAGCUGCUGCAAACCUUCUGUGGCAGCCCACUCUACGCUUCACCAGAGAUUGUCAAUGGGCGACCGUACCGUGGUCCAGAGGUGGACAGCUGGGCUCUGGGGGUGCUGUUGUACACCCUGGUUUAUGGGACCAUGCCAUUCGAUGGGGGAGACCACAAGAACCUCAUUCGCCAGAUUAGCAAUGGCGAUUACAAAGAGCCCACUCAGUCCUCAGAUGCCCGUGGACUGAUCCGCUGGAUGCUGAUGGUGAACCCUGAGCGCCGGGCCACAGUGGAGGACAUAGCCAAUCACUGGUGGGUGAACUGGGGCUGGAAGAACAGUGUGUGUGACUGUGAGACCCAACGCGACCAUGGAGGCUCACCCAUGCUGGCUCGCUUCAUCGACUGGCAGAACCGCACUGAGCCACGUGGUUCUGGAGCCAAAGCCGCAGCCAUGCCUCCACUGCUGCGCCAGAGGCCCAAAAAGUCCAAGAAGGAAAAUGUUGAGGCAGGACAGAUCCACUGUGGAGCAGAGGACAAGCCAGGUCUGAAGAGGCCCAAGGGGAUCCUGAAAACCAGGGUUACUGAGGAGCAGCAGACUGCCUGUUUGGAGGAGGUGGAGUUGGGUCAGAUGGCACUGCCGCAACAAGUUGAUGGGGGAGAGGAGGCCUCAAGUCCAGAUCGUGAGGAAGAGGAGCCAACUCUGGGAGGAGGCUCACCAGCUAAGAUGGUGCCAUCUCUACCCAAGAAAGGCAUCUUGAAGAACAAUCAACAGCGGGAAUCAGGGUACUACUCCUCACCAGAGCGUAGUGAGUCCUCCGAGCUUUUAGGGGGGGCCAGUAUGUCUCUAUUAGCCACCUCCCCACCCAAGAGAAUGAUGGGGAGAAAAGGCAUCUUGAAGCGAAACGGCAAAUACUCCACCUACAGCGGGCCACCCGCAGCAGAGGCAGUGGCUGGAGUUCUUCCUCCAUCAACUGACUCAGGUCUGUCUCGCAGUCAGAGUCGACCUUCCAGUAUAGUUGGGGAGGACAGCUCCGUUCUGUCCCUGUCACCAAUCUCCCUUGGCGGCGCUGAGUGGCAUUCCUCCACCCCCCACCUCCGCCCAAACAUCAGGGCUUGUGUCUCAGCUGAAAACCUGCUGCAGCUUGCCAACUUCAAGGGUUUCCAGGCAGCUCCACCACUCCAGGGAUCCAAGCUCAGCCGUGGCCCCAAAAUGAAAGGCUCCCCAGGGGACAAUGGCAGCUUCUCCUUGCUGGGCGACCUUGAGGACAUGACUCAGGUGUACCAGCAAGCCCUGGACAUCAGCAACAACCUCACCUAACAGAUGGGUGGCAGAGAGAGAGAGAGAGAGAGGGAGCAAGAGAGAGAUAAGCAGAGGAGAUUAAACCUGACGGUGUGUGUGUUUGUGUGUGCUGAUGUAUAUGGGUGGCAGCAACGACCAGUGUAUUACUGGGAAACACCCUUUUUUUUAGAAGUUAUGACUUCAAAUGAGACUGAAUUGAUGGGUAUAAGAUGUAUAUCUACGCACACACAUGCACACACAGAUGUAAACACUUAGGUGCACUUCUUUGGUCAGAGGAAAUUCAGUUUUGUGAACAGGAGAGAGAAGGAGCUGGCAUGAGAGAAUGCCACCCAGUCUGCUCUCUCGGCCCGCCCAUAGACAUUGCUGUGUUCAACAUGUUUACAUAUUCAGCAAGAAGGCGAGUUAGAAUCACAAAUGCAGCAAACCAGGAACUGGUUGGCUCUCCCUGUACUCCACCCAGUUUGAGUUUGAGUUUACAAAAGCACCUUAAAACUCACACAGAGCACACGCUUUUGUGAUCUUUACUUCCUUUAAAAACAAACAAACCAGGGUCUUGUUCCAAAAAUAACUGAUAUAGCUGAUUAUUUAUUAAUUUUAUUAAUUUGUUUGUAGCUUUUACUUUUAAUUGCAAAACUGGUGGGCGCUGGCUGUUACUGGAAGAGUCUAAAGCUCCUUGUCUCCAACUCUUUGAGUGGAACUGACAUAUAUAAUUAUGUUGCUCAAUUAUGAGAAACAACAUAUACAGUAUAUAUAUAUAUAUAUAUAUAUAUAUAUAUAUAUACUCUGCGUAUAUAACUAUGUUGGUGCAUGUAAAACACAUAGACAAUUAUACCUUCAUAAAAGUGUAUGUCCUAUAUAUAUGUAUGAUUCUAUGGAAUAUGUAGGAAGUGCCUUUUUUGAAUCAUGAUAACAAUUAUGUAUGUCAUUUCCUUAAAAGUGGAGGAAAAAGCCAGGCUGACCUGUCACCAGUUUUUUGUUUUGUUUUUCUUUUCUUCUGUUGUUUAUGAAUGUGGAGACACCCAGGGCCUUCACUGCACAGCUGACUAGCUUUACUUAUUUUGGGGUUCAAAGGUCAAUGUGAAACAGUUGAGAUCAAACGGUCUCGUGCCCCCCUCUCCAGCUCCUUCCACAAGUGGAGUCUUGCACACGGACACUUCAGUGUCUACACAGGCAGCCUCAGAACAGCCUCCGCUGUGGUCUUUGUCAGCAUCUAAGCCCAUAGUUUGGUUUGGCUUGGUUGAACACAGAUUCACUGGCAUCAGCAGCACAGGUCUGCAGGGACUCUCAUCAAGUGGGACAGUCAGUGACGGGAGAUGUCGCAGACACCAUCUCACUGUCCUGGAAUGUGCCUGGUUCUUUUAAAUUUCUUGUAAUUUCAUAAAUAGGCUCUUAGCUGGAAGACAUCUUUUACCAGUGUGUUUUUGUUUUCCAGCGUUGGACGGGUUAAUAUUUUACCCUUAAAAAGAGCUUUGUCAGGUGGUUUGUUUUGGCCGGCUGAUGACACAGCAAAUUCCUCAGACAAAUAAUGCUAGAGACAUGUUGGUGCUAGAGAUCCCUAUCGGCCUCAGCCCGACUCAGCACAGGUGGGACCGUCGGUCCAUGCUGAGCUCUCCAGCUGUGUAUACUUGUCCAUUAUUCCAACCAAGCACAAUUAGCCUGCUAUUGUUUUCGUUUGUGUGUAACUAGAGAGGCAGCGCGUAGAGAUUUAUAGCUAGAGGGGAAAAGAAAAGUGUGAAGAGAAGAAUGUGAAAGAGUGAUGCACGGAGCAGUGUUGAGAUUGGAGAUGACUUUCCUGAGAAACACAGGAAAUGUCAAGGAGUCAGACUUGUUUUUGGAGGGAAGUGUACUGUAGAUUUGUGAAAGUAAAGUAAGUGAGUAGAAAGGGUAGAUGGAAAGUUUUUUGUUUUAUACCAAAGAUGUGUUGAAACUUUGACUGGAUUCAGGGGAAUUAGUAGGUCAUGGACUAAUGAGAGCCCUUAGGAUUUUUCUUUGACAUGGGAACCUCCCACUGGUGAAUGUAAUCGUCCCUGCAUUGGCUUUGAGACGCUGGAGGCUGUUGAUGUUGAGGGUCGGUGUGUGACUCAUGUUUUUUUUUU